CGUCUGCUCGGCACACGUGAACUUUUUUCCUACAGAUCAACACACAUUUUUUGAAGACUUUCAAACUUCCCGAAUCUAAAAAUGCGAAAUUUAACUUUAAUUGAUAAGAAAGCAGCAUCGUGUUCCUUUUUAAAAGACUGUUGUGCAGCAACCAUAGAAAGAAAUUUGUUGUUUUUUGCCAACCAGAAUGAGCUAUGCAAAUUGGAUGUCGAUCAGCCAAAUGCGGAAGACAGUGUUGAGGUACUAGGACCUUUAGAUGUUGGAAGUGUUUUGGAUUUAAAAUAUUUACCAGAAGAAGAUGUGCUAGCAAUAGUAGCAAAAAUAGGAAGUGUUUCUGUUUACAACCUAAGCUUGUCAGAGUUUGAAGUUGUAGGUGAUGUAUCAGGAGGGAUUGCAGGUUGUUGCUGGAGCCCAGAUAUGGAAACACUUGUUGUUAUAUCAGAGACCGGCAAUGUACUCAUGAUGAGUCGAAUGUGGGAUGUUCUUCAAGAAGCACCUCUAUUCCAGCAAGACUUUGGAGAAGCAAAGUUUGUGUCAGUUGGAUGGGGCUCUAAAGAAACCCAAUUUCACGGGUCAGAAGGAAAAGGCGCACGAAGCAAACAACAGAUCGAAUGCUCUUUAGCGGAUUGGGAUGAUAGAGGAACUCGAAUCGUUUGGCGAGCUGAUGGACUUUUCUUCGCAGUUAAUGCAGUUGAACAAAGUACAGGUCAUCGUUUAAUAAGAGUAUUCAAUAGAGAAGGGUUUUUACAGUCAACUAGCGAACUUGUUAGUCAAUUGUGCCAGAGCCUCUCAUGGCGCUCAUCUGGAGCCAGCGGUCUCAUUACCAGCACGGUUUUUCUUGUGCAACAAGGAAAGCAACAAGUGGCAUUCUUCGAAAAAAAUGGACUGCGUCACGGGGAAUUUGACAUUCCCGUCGGGCAACAAGUUUUGGAGUCUUACUGGAACGGUGACUCCACGAUCUUAGCAAUGAUAAUACGCUUCGAACAAGAUGUUUAUGGUCUUCAGCUCUGGACAAUGGCUAAUUAUCAUUGGUACAUGAAACAUACUCGUCCGUUCGAAAAAGGCCUCCGGCCACUGUGGGUUAUGUGGGACGUCAUCGAAACAAAUAGGCUUCAUAUUAUUCUUUCCAAUGGCACGUAUGUCAUGACCGAUUAUCAGCCCGUCGUAACAUCCAGCAGAGACCUGACGUCAAGUGAUCCUGCCUGUAUUGCUGUAGUUGACAAUUGCAAAUUGAAGAUUACGUUCCUGCGCGAAUCAAUCGUCCCGCCACCCAUGUGUGGCUGGGAAAUUGAGUUUUCAUCAUCUAUUCAUUCCGUUGAUUUGCUUUCCAGUUUUUCAAGCCGCCUCACUGUUUUGACUCACAGUGGUUUGGUACACUUUUUCCGGCUGCCUCAUUGUGAAACGGAAGAGAAAUUGUGUCAUCCUGACGUUAAAAUCGUCUGCAAAGAAGGAGGGCAUUUCCGACCUGUCUUGGAUUUCACGGCCUCAUUAAGCUUACCUACCAACGACCAAUUGUACCACUUUCGAUUGGUCAAUCCAUCCACGAUAGUUGCGGCCGCAAUAAACCAGUUACUGGUCUUAGAACUAAACGAAACCAUCUUCACAAUCAAAGACACAAUAACUUUAGAUGCGAGAAUUGGCGGAAUUGAAGUGCUACGCAGUCAGCAAAAUAUGGUGUUGAUCCACUUAGUUGACGGAAAAUUCUUAGAACUCAACAUCGAUGACAUUAAAAUUUCUCAUUCUGUCGUGUUUCCUGAAUUUUGCCACCGAAUGGAAUGGAUCGAUGGUCAUGUAGUGGGUCUAGCUGCAAGCGGACGCUUAUACGUUGAUGGAAAGGAGAUCUUAGCAGCGGUUAGCUCCUUCGUAGCGCAUUCACAUUUUCUGCUGGUGACUUCACUGCAAAAGCAUAGGCUACUUUGUCUACCUCUUGCUGGAUUAUCCAAUCCUAGUCUAGCAAUCACAGAGAGAGCCAUUGAAAGAGGGGCUAAAUUGGUGCAUGCAGUUGCUACGGAGACUACUGUUAUCCUGCAAAUGCCACGCGGCAACCUCGAGGCAAUUCACCCUCGAGCCUUGUCAUUGAAUAUCAUGAAAGCUUUGAUUGACAGACAGUCUUAUUCGGAUGCAUUCGUCCUAAUGAAGAAACAACGAAUUAAUUUAAAUUUGUUGUAUGAUCAUAACCCAAAUGCGUUUCUUGAACACUGUUUGCAAUUUGUCGAACAAGUUAGCAACGUAGAUGUGGCGAACCUCAACCUCUUUCUGGGAGAACUACAGGAUGAAGAUUUUACUACAACAAUGUAUCAAAGCCAUUAUGAAAACAAAUCGUCACCAAAAGAUAAAGAGAAAGUGAAUACAGUUUGUAGCAGACUAAGAGAAGUUAUGAUCGAAACAGAUAGUCUAAAAUAUCUACUGCCUAUCAUUACUUCGUAUAUAAAGCAAGGAAUGGUAGACCAAGGGUUGAAGAGGGUUCAAGUGCUCACAGAAGAAUCUUUGAAAGAUCAGGCGCUCAAAUACAUGGCCGUCUUGGUCGAUGGAGAGCAACUGUACAAAGAGGCAUUGGCCACCUACGAUUUACAGUUGACGCUAAUGGUAGCACAUCGUAGCCAAAAGGAUCCCAAGGAGUAUUUAGCAUUUUUGAAUGAUUUGAAAGCCAUGAGUGAUGAAAAUGAAAGACGUUUCACCAUCGACAACUCUUUAAAGUGUUAUGAUUCAGCCGUCCGUCACUUAUGUCGCUGUUCUCCCGUCAGAACCGAGCAGAUCAUUGCUUAUAUGAAACUUCAUAGGACAUACGUUCCCGUCGUAGAUGAACUGUGCACUGUUUCGCCAAAAGAUGAAGUCAAAACAGCUUUACAAGCGGCAGCUUGCCUCCAAGCUGAAAUCCUGGCAUCCAAGGAUAAUCACGAGGAGGCCGGUUAUCUCUAUCAGCGAGUGGAGGCCUACGAUUUGGCCCUUCAUUCCUUCGAACAAUGUGGAAUGUGGGCCAAUUGUUUAUCGCUUGCCUCUCAACUUCAAUUAAGUGAGGUGGAGACGAAAACUUUGGUAUCCAAACUAGUUUUGCGUCUACGCUCUUCAAAAAAACAUAGUGAUGCCGCACAAUUAGCUGAACAUCAUUUGGGAGACUAUCAACUAGCUGGGCAAUGUUUAACUGAUGGUCUAUUUUUCAGAGAAGCUUGGGCUUUAGCCUAUAGACAUAACAUAGCAAAUUGGGCAGAGACAACACUUAAGAACGAAUUGAAUGAAGCGUUCCAGCUGAUAGAAGCCAAAUUGGAGCAGGUGGAACAAGAGUGCUGCAAAUAUUCUCUACGUUUAUCCGUCGUCCGACAGGAUCUGCUGUACAAACGUGAUCAUCCACCUCCUGAAACAGAUCAUGGAGACCUUUAUUCGGAAACAGGGAGCAGUAUUUUCACGCACACUACUGGCACGUCAGGGAGGACGUUUCGAUCCUCCAAAAAUCGUCGAAAGCAGGAAAGAAAGAAAUUACGACUCAAAGAAGGAAGUCCAUUUGAAGAUAUGGCCAUUAUCAAUGAGCUACACGUACUCUACUCAUCAAUCACUACUGUCCUCCAGGAUGUGGGUCGCCUUUUAAGAGGAGAGUUGAUCAUUUCAAAAGAUUGGAGCCGAGCCAAAUGCCUUCAAAAUAAAGCUGAAGCCCUGCUAAGACUAAUGGAAGAAAAAAAGAAAGACAUUUGGAAUUUUUCUUUUGACCGAAAACAUCAAGAGAACGACAAGAAUUUUGGGCCGUCAGCCACUACUGAAAUGAUCAUCUCACAAGUAAAUCAAGAAAAAGAAGAAUUCUUUUCCACCCGUUACUUGGAACUAGAUAUAAAAAUACGCAGUCCACCUGAUUCACCAGAUACAGCUUGGAAACUUGAUAGUCUUAAAUAAAGGCUGUCUUGCUCCAUUAUAACUUCCAUAAAAUGUACACUGCAACCCAAAUGCUUGCUUCUGAUUUUUCAGUUUGAAUACAAGCGCCAAGGUAUUAAA